AUGCUUCAGGAAGGUGCACAUGGGAGAUGGACAGUAUCUAGCAGUGAUGAAAGUACUGAGGAAAAUUCUGACGGUGAAAAACCAUCUACAUCGUCACUCUUGGAUGCUGCACGUGGCAGAACAAGUGGGCCACAGUAUCCAUGUUCUGAAGCUAGGAAAGCUGCUCACAAGAGAAAAGCUUCUCCCCUGAAGCUCAGUGAUAGAAGUUCUACAGAAAUACCCCCAGCCAGCAAACAGAGAACUAGCCAAGAAGGCUCAGGCUGGUGUCUUUCUAGUAGCGAUGAGGAGCCUGAAGAUCAGGAAAAGCAUGCCCACAAGGAAACACUGAAAGAAGAAAAAUGUGAUGCACCCGAAGAACGUCCUCUGAAUCUUUGUGAAGAUGAUGAACUCUCAGAGAAUCAGAAAGCAGAGGAGUAUGAUGAAACACCUAGUGAAGGCCAAGAUACCUGGGAUUUGUUGAAUGGAGGGAACCCUUUCAGGUUUUUUCUCACUAAAGUCAGAGGAAUUGAACAGAGCUAUAAUUCUGGAGCCCUGCACAUAAAAGAUAUUUUGUCUCCUCUUUUUGGGACUCUCGUAUCUUCUGCCCAGUUUAACUACUGUAUAGAUGUGGGAUGGCUUGUGAGACAGUAUCCACAGGAAUUCAGGAAGAAGCCACUGUUGAUAGUUCAUGGCGAAAAGAGAGAAUCCAAAGCUGAACUGCUUGCACAAGCACGCCCUUAUGAGAACAUUAGCUUUUGUCAGGCUAAACUGGAUAUUGCAUUUGGAACUCACCAUACGAAAAUGAUGUUGUUGUUAUAUGAAGAAGGUCUUCGAGUUGUGAUACAUACAUCCAAUCUUAUUGCUGAAGAUUGGCACCAGAAAACUCAGGGCAUAUGGCUAAGCCCUUUAUAUCCAAGGCUACCUCAGGGAACAACUGGUUCUGCUGGUGAAUCUGAAACUAAUUUUAAAUCUGACCUAAUAAGUUACUUGAUGGCUUACAAUUCUCCUACGCUCAAGGAAUGGAUAGAUCUGAUUCAAGAACAUGAUUUAUCAGAGACAAGAGUGUAUCUGCUUGGUUCUACCCCUGGACGAUAUCAAGGUAGUGAUAAAGAAAAGUGGGGUCAUCUUAGGCUCAGAAAGCUUUUGAAAGAGCAUGCUUCGUCAAUCCCAGCACAGGAAUUCUGGCCUGUUGUUGGACAGUUCUCAAGCAUUGGUUCAAUGGGAGCUGAUGGGUCCAAAUGGCUGUGCUCAGAGUUCCAGGAGAGCCUGGUGGCUGCAGGCAGCAGUGUGACAACUCUCGUUAAAUGUGAUGUUCCAGUUCAUUUGGUUUAUCCUACAGUGAACAAUGUGAGGCAAAGUCUGGAAGGCUAUCCCGCUGGUGGUUCGCUUCCAUACAGUAUACAGACAGCACAGAAACAGCUGUGGUUGCAUUCCUAUUUUCA